AUGCCCCUGAAGAAGGUGGUCGAGCAUGUGCUGGGGGGUGCAGAGGCGGAAGCGCAAGGUAAGCUGAAGGCCGGCACGCAUGUCAUGGCCAAUGUUGGGGGAAAAGACUUCCAUCCAGGCACUAUCCUCGAAAAGAAUGCAGACGGCAGCUACUCGAUCCAGUUUGACGUGGGCGUCGGAGUCCGAGCGAAGGAAGCUGCAGACAUCCCGAGCAACAUCAACGUUGAGAACAUUCGGUUCGUCACUCGUGCCGCCGUCGGUGGCGCGCCUUUGGGCCACAGCAGCACGGCGCCGUCGCGGCAGAAUGAUUUUGGCGCGGCGGUUGCCCUGGCUCGGAGUGGAGAGAGGCCGCCCGGAGUCCUCCCACUGCCCAUGCGGCUCUGUCCGACCGGACAGCCGGGCAAGCUCCAGGCGGGGAAACGUGAGGUGUUGCUCGGGCAGCUGUACGACGUGAUCGACCCGAGGGCGGAGGACGCAGUGACCCUUUCCACGUGGAGCUCCCUGUACCUGCCGCCUGAGGACGGUGGCAAGGAGGUGCAGCAGCAAUUUAAAGAGGUUGCAGGCAAGGACGGCGCAGUAAGCACAGUCCAGCGCCACGAGUUCGUAACGUACGCGCUCGCCGAGUUCAAGCCGUUUCCUGACGAUGUCUUCCAUCACGUUAUCCGUCAACUAAAGCUUCUCGCGUCCAAUCAGAUGAAGGCACUCAAGUCGAAGAAUGCGGAGGACAUCGAGAGAAUCGACAUCACGACUCAGGCUCUUCUAGAGAUGAAGAGCUUGGAAACCAGAGGCCUCACCGACGCGGAUGUGAUCGCCAUGAUGGAGCAGGCUCACGCGCUCACGAUGGAGGCGCUUCAGGUCAAGGGGGAGGCACUCAACAAGAAAGCAGGAGAGUCGCGGUUCGCCCACAGAGAUGCUGCGGACGCCCGGGCCAAGAAGCUAAGCAGCGCGUGGGUCAUGUUCGUCGCCGAGGGUGACAAGAUCGAAGAGAUCGAGCCGAGAGGGAAAGGCACGAGCGACCAGCCGGGGUCCUAUGGUGGCUUAUCCGUCCCCACUAAAACGCACGACGCGUGUCGCAAGUACGCAGAAGAGGUACAGCGAGGCGAAGGCAAGGGUGGAAAGCGCGUCGCCGUCGCCGGCACCAGCAGCUGCCGCAAAGAAAUCGGCGCCGGCGCCGGCACCGACGUCAGCUCACAGCGCGGCGAAGGCAAAGGCGGGACAGUUUCAGAGCCCUUUUUGCUCUCUUAUACGGCCACGGCUACACGGCGUUACACGCCGCCCAAGUUCUCUGACCGCCUGCCCUACGCGCUCGCCGCGAGCGCGACUGUUCUUACGUCGUUCCUUUGGUUUGAGCUGCCCUUCAAGGUUGAUGACAUGGGCGAAGCCAUGUUUGUCGCGUGGGCUGUCAUGGCCGCCUUUAUGUUUGUGGUCCUCCUUCCUGGGAUGUUCAUCGAUGAGGAUACGGUCAUCGAUCACGGCGACAAGUGA